UCUCUCGCUUCCGGCUCUCUGCCCAUUCCGGGCACUCUCCCUCAACCCACCCUCCCUCAGAGACAUCUGGCAGCACCAAGAGGUGAGUCCCUCUCCCUGUGGCUCCUCUCUCCACCAAUAAUUAUUCCCCAGAAGCCCAGUUCCCCUGUUUAGGGUGCCCCUGAAAUCGGCUAAGUUCAUUCCUAGUGACACGACAGGACCUGGCUUCUCUUGGGCUCUCCCUUGGGGACCCCCUUCGCCCGCUCUUUGCCACGACCUCCACCCUACCCAAACCCCAACUUCUCUUUCCCUUGGCUAGGAAUUGCCACCAACCCUCCACUGCUGGGUAGGCUCUCCACUUAGGGGAGCAGACCCUUCUCUUUCCAGGGGAUUGGGAGGUGGGGAAUGAAAGCAGAAAUCUAACUUCUUGUCUUAAGAAAAACACAUACUGUGGAGCCUAACUCUGUUUUGAAUUCUCUCUACCCCUUCUCUUCCCAGAGUCUCAGAAAUCAAGUGGCCCUUUCUGUCCUGGGACCUGCACGCUUUUGUUCUAUCUUCUCCUGUUACUCUGUGAUCACGCUCUUCAUUUUAAGAGGUGAUACCUCGGGAAGCAAGCAGGGGACUGAGAGGUAGCAGUCUCUCUUCUAAUCCAGGCUCCAGUGCUAACUGGCUGCUACCUCCCUCUAUGGGCCUCUGUCUCCAGAUGGCUGCAAAUACCCUGAGCAGAGCUGAAACCAGUUUGUGACUGCAGGAGCUCCCCUCCCCAGGCCCACGCUAGCACAGGAGCUGAGGAAGCCACUAGGCCCCAUGGACCUGCCGCCGCAGCUCUCCUUUGCCCUCUAUGUGGCCGCCUUUACGCUGGGCUUCCCGCUCAACGCCCUGGCCAUCGGGGGCGCCGUGGCCCACGCCCGGCUCCGCCUCACCCCCAGCCUUGUCUAUGCCCUCCACCUGGGCUGCUCCGACCUCCUGCUGGCAGCCUCCCUGCCCCUGAAGGCGGUGGAGGCCCUGGCUGCGGGAGCCUGGCCCCUGCCGGCCCCGCUCUGUCCCGCCUUUGCCCUGGUCCACUUUGCUCCGCUCUAUGCUGGUGGUGGCUUCCUGGCCGCCCUGAGUGUUGGCCGCUACUUAGGGGCUGCCUUCCCCUUGGGCUACCAAGCUGCCCGGAGGCCCUGCUAUUCCUGGGGUGUGUGUGUGGCCAUAUGGGCCCUUGUCCUCUGUCACCUGGGGCUGGUCUUUGGGCUGGAGGCUCCGGGAGGCUGGAUGGACAAUACCACCAGCUCCCUCGGCAUCAACACGCCGGUGAACGGCUCUCCCGUCUGCCUGGAGGCCUGGGACCCAGCCUCAGCGGGCCCUGCUCGCCUCAGCCUCUCUCUCCUGCUCUUCUUUCUGCCCCUGAUCAUCACAGCUUUCUGCUAUGCGGGUUGCCUCCGGGCAUUGGCCAGCUCAGGCCUGAGCCACAGACGAAAGCUAAGAGCAGCCUGGGUGGCUGGCGGGGCUCUGCUCACACUGCUGUUCUGCUUGGGACCCUACAAUGCCUCCAAUGUGGCUGGCUUCCUGUACCCAGACAUGGGAGGUCGCUGGCGGAAGCUGGGGCUGCUCACAGGUGCUUGGAGCGUGGUGCUCAACCCAUUGGUGACUGGCUACUUGGGAGUGGGGCCGGGCCGAGGGACAUCCUGUGUGGCAAGAACAAAAGGGGGCACAUCCCAGAAGUAGUGGCCACUCCUGGGGGGAAGG